UACCAGACACGGGCCUAUAACAUCUCAGUGUCUGCCCCACCCAACCGCCUUCAUCUCUCUGACUCUGACUCUGACUCGGUUACCAACCCAGUUAGCCAGGAAACUCGAAGAAAGAAGAAAACAAAACUACCAAAUUGCGAGCUUUUCUUCUCUCAUUUCAACUCUCUUCCCACUCUCAUGGCAGCUUCUAUCCUUAUCCCCUCUCCCUCUUUCAACACUUACAGGUACCCUCUCUGUUUGCUUGUCUUUGUACUCUGCACAUAUAUGACAAGUCAAGUGUCUCUGAACUUGCAUUCACAACACUGGCAUCAAAGCAUCAGCCGCUUCUCAGUAUCUCUUAAAACCCACAAAUCAAGUCUCAAGCUUUACAUGAUACCUGCUAUUCCGAUUGUCGCCCGCCAGUUUCUGUUGAAACCUUUUGCUGCAGUUGACUCAUUAGAAGCACAUGUCUCACCGGACCAAAAUUGUGCUGCUUCGGGUGUUUCAUCUCAAAAUGGUUUCGACAGGUCUAAAACAUUGCUCGACAAAGCAAGUAACUCCUUGGAUGGCAUGAGUGACUUUGAGAGACAGCUGCAAGAGCUAUUUAAUGAGGUCAAAACAUUAAUUAUGACUGGGAACAGGAGUGAUGCUCUAGACCUACUUCAAGCAAAUUAUGAAGCUGUAAAAGAACAGAUAAAUGCAGGUGCUAAAGGCAUAGAAGAAGCUGCUAUUCUUGAUGUUAUAGCCUUGGGUUACAUGGCUGUUGGAGAAUUGAAGUUUGUUCACCCUCUGCUCAAUUUGAUUAAUGAGGUUAUCGAGGAUCAAAAGGAUGAUGAACCUCUUCUGGACUCGGUACUUUUGCAUAUGGGAAGUAUGUAUUCAACUUUGGGGGAGUUUGAGAAAUCCAUGCUUGUCAAUCAAAGAGUUACUGAUAUUCUAGAGAACAGACAUGGGAAAAAUAGUAUUUUUCUUGUCACACCACUGUUGGGGAUGACAAAAGUUCUUAGUUCUACUGGAAGAACUACAAAAGCAGUUGAUAUCUAUCAUCGUGUGAUAAAAAUCUUGGAAUUAAGUAGAGGCACUGAAAGUGAGGAUUUUGUGGUACCUUUGGUUGGACUUGGAAAUCUUUUAAUAAAGGAGGGCAGAGCUACAGAUGCAGAAAAUGCUUUUGUAAGAAUUCUAAAUAUAUAUACCAAGUUAUAUGGGGAGAAUGAUGGAAGAGUUGCACUUGCUAUGUGUUCUCUAGCCCAUGCAAAGUGUGCAAAAGGGAAUGCAAAUGAAGCCAUUGAUUUAUACAAAAAGGCUCUCCAGAUGAUAAAGGAUUCAAGUUAUAUGCCUUCAGAUGAUAGCCUGAUGGAGAAUAUGAGAAUAGAUUUGGCAGAACUACUUCAUGCCGUGGGAAGGGGAAGAGAAGGUCGGGAGCUGCUGGAGGAAUGUUUAUUGAUCACUGAGAAGCUUAAAGGAAAAGACCAUCCCAGCUUAGUUGCACACUACCUAAAUCUUGCAACAUCAUAUUCACAGUCUAAAGAUUUUGUUAUGGCUGAACGCUUGUUGAGGACAAGUUUGGAAAUCACAAAAAAGGCUGAGCGGCCUGACAAUCCAUCCAUCACUUUUCCAAUGUUGCAUCUUGCUGUCACUCUUUACCAUUUAGAGCGGGAUGAAGAAGCUGAGCAAGUAGCGCUUGAGGCUUUACAUAUCCGUGAGAAGGCAUUUGGAAAAGAUUCACUGCCUGUUGGGGAGGCUUUGGACUGUUUGGUGUCAAUUCAGACCAGACUUGGGAAGGGUGAGGUUGAGUUACUGGAGCAGCUGAAGAGAAUUCUGAGGAUUCAAGAGAAAGAGUUGGGCUACGAGAAUGAGGAGGUUAUGAUAACACUAAAAAAGGUUGUAUUUUACUUAGAUAAAUUAGGGAAAAAGGAUGAGAAAUUUCCCCUACAAAAAAGAUUGUCCAGGCUUUGGAUGAAAUACAAACAGGUUGUUCGAUAUUAAUAUGGCAUUUUCUCAUUUUCCAAAAAACAAAAAGUCAUAUAGUUUGCAAGUUA